AUGGGAGUCACUAUCCCCUCUAGCUUCAAGUCCCGCCACCACUUGAAACAAACCCACGAUAAGAUCCUCACUAACAUCAAGUUGAAGCGAGAAGAGUUCGGAGUCAUGGAUGCUAAGGAUAUCCGAGGUAGCACUGAAGCCCUCGACAAGACACAACGCAAGUCAAAGGUGGCAGUAGAGAAGAUGACGAACGCAAUCACUCUCUACUACGACAACCACGCACAAUAUCUCAAACAGAGAAGACAGCAAGCCUAUGAUGCUCUCGCAGAACUCGAGGGGCACGAGUACAAGAUCAAGCACUUGCUCGUCACGGUCCGAUACAGCGUGGGGCCCAGAGUGUGGUGGAUGAAUCAGCGCAAGGACGCAAAGAUCCAGCAGCUGCAGGAUGCUGUCGACAAGCUUCAAAUGUCGUGUUUCAUGGCCAGGUUGACUGAUGGGGGCAGAGAGCCAAACAAUAUUUUUGCGUUUGUUUGA